AAACAAAGUUGGUCACAAAUCACAUUGGCUUUGCCCGAAGUUUUUCCCCUCUCUCUGCUUUAGCAUGCUGUCAUGGGGAAAGUGACCGCUCCCGUCGGCAAGGCAGGUCGGGGUGGUUUUCUGGCGAAGGAGAAGCUGUAACUUACUUCUACGUGACCAUGGUACCUGUUGAAAACACAGAGGGCCCCAAUCUGCUGGACCAGAAGGGGACAGAGGCGGUGGCGAAGGGCACCUACCCAGCCAGCGGCGGCCGGCAUCCUCCCUGGGCGAGAGGCUGCGGCAUGUUCACCUUCCUGUCGUCUGUCACUGCUGCUGUCAGUGGCCUCCUGGUGGGUUAUGAACUUGGGCUCAUCUCUGGGGCUCUUCUUCAGAUCAAAGCCCUAUUGGCCCUGACCUGCCAUGAGCAGGAGAUGGUGGUAAGCUCCCUCCUCAUUGGGGCCUUCUUGGCGUCACUCACCGGAGGGGUCCUGAUAGACAGGUAUGGACGAAGGACAACGAUCAUCUUGUCAUCCUGCCUGCUGGGACUCGGGAGUCUGGUGCUGAUACUCAGCCUAUCUUACACGCUUCUCAUAGUGGGACGCAUGGCCAUCGGGGUUUCCAUCUCACUCUCUUCCAUCGCCACCUGUGUUUACAUCGCAGAGAUUGCUCCUCAGCACAGAAGAGGCCUUCUGGUGUCCCUGAAUGAGCUGAUGAUUGUCAUCGGCAUUCUUUUUGCCUACAUUUCAAAUUAUGCCUUUGCCAACGUUUCCCAUGGCUGGAAGUAUAUGUUCGGUCUCGUUAUUCCCUUGGGAGUUUUGCAGGCUGCUGCGAUGUACUUUCUCCCCCCAAGCCCUCGGUUUCUGGUGAUGAAAGGACAAGAGGAAGCUGCCAGCAAGGUUCUUGGAAGGUUAAGAGCCAUCUCAGACACCACCGAGGAACUCACUUUGAUAAAGUCCUCCCUGAAAGAUGAAUAUCAGUAUAGUUUUUGGGAUCUGUUUCGUUCAAAGGACAACAUGAGGACCCGAAUAAUGAUAGGCCUGACACUGGUAUUUUUUGUCCAAACCACUGGCCAGCCAAACAUACUAUCCUAUGCAUCGACUGUCUUGAAGUCCGUCGGCUUUCAAAGCAAUGAGGCGGCCAGCCUCGCCUCCACUGGGGUUGGAGUCGUCAAGGUCAUCAGCACCGUCCCAGCCACUCUUUUUGUCGACCACUUCGGCAGCAAAACCUUCCUCUGCGUCGGCUCCUCGGUGAUGGCAGCUUCGUUGGUGACCAUGGGCAUCGUGAAUCUCAACAUCCACAUGAACUUCUCCCACAUCUGCAGCAGCCAUAGUCCUGUCAACCAGUCCUUGGAUGAGUAUGCGUUCUAUGGACCCGGAAACCUGCCGGCCAGCAACAACACUCUGAGAGAGCACUUCAAAGGCAUCAGUUCCCAGAGCAGAAGCUCACUCAUGCCCAUGAGAACUGGUGUGGAUAGGGGAGGGGAGACGACCUCAGCAUCCUUACUCAAUGCUGGACUAAGCCACACCGAAUACCAGAUAGUCACAGACCCUACGGAUGUCCCAGCUUUUUUGAAAUGGCUGUCCUUAGCUGGCUUGCUUGUUUAUGUUGCUGCUUUUUCAAUUGGUCUAGGACCAAUGCCCUGGCUGGUGCUCAGCGAGAUCUUUCCUGGUGGCAUUAGAGGACGAGCCAUGGCUUUAACUUCUAGCAUGAACUGGGGCAUCAAUCUCCUCAUCUCUCUGACAUUUUUGACUGUAACCGAUCUUAUUGGCCUGCCCUGGGUGUGCUUUAUGUAUACAAUCAUGAGUUUAGCAUCCCUGGUUUUUGUUAUUGUGUUUAUACCUGAGACAAAGGGAUGUUCUUUGGAACAGAUAUCAAUGGAGCUGGCAAAAGCGAACUAUGUGAAGAACAACAUUUGUUUUAUGAGUCAUCACCAAGAAGAAUUAGUGCCCACACAGCUUCAAAAAGGAAAAGCACAAGAGCAGCUCUUGGAGUGCAACAAGCUGUGUGCUGGGGAACAACCCAGGCAGCUCUCUCCAGAGACCUAACAGCCUCAACACCUUACGAGCACGGAUACAGUGUCACAACACUUAGUAGGGUGUCUUUGGACCAAUGCAUAGUUGCUACUCCUGUGUGUUCUCUCUUCAGUGUCAUGGAGCUAGUUUUAAAAGGACACCCUGAAAUUAUAUAAACAAAAACUCUUUAACCCUUUCUUCUCCAAAAGGAAUCUCAAAAGGUAGAUGAGCUAUAUAAGACCUUGUAUCUCUAAGUGAUCUCUUUUUGAUUCUGAGCAGGUUAU